AUGGCCUCCGGACGGCGGGUAGAAUCUAACGAUGCAAACGCACUCUACCGACUGGUGCAAAAAGAACGAAGUGCUCUGAAUUUCCCCUUCAGCAUCUCUGUGGACGGAGACAUCCAGCUGACACAGGAACUGGACCGAGAGGACAAAGAUGGGUACAUCCUGGUGGUUUUUGCUGAGGACCAGUACGGGAACCAGCUGGAUCCACCCAUGGAAAUCCAGGUGAUCGUGGAGGACGUGAACGACAACGAGCCUCAGUGUGAACUCGAGGAGAACGUGUUUGAAAUACAGGAGGACGAACUCGUCGGCAGUCUGGUCGGACAGCUGUUGGCUCAUGACGCUGAUGAAGAGGGGACCCUGAACGCUCAGCUCAUGUAUUCCAUCGCGUCUCAAUCUCCGGCGCCCUCGUCCAGCGCCUUCUCCAUCGACCCCACGUCAGGACAGAUCCGCACUCUCAAGACUCUGAGCAGACAAGAGGCCAAGGUCUACCAGCUCUCUGUGACAGUCAGCGACCCAGCGUACAGCACAGAGUGUAAGGUCAUCAUCAAAGUCAUCGAUGUGAACAACAAGCUGCCGCUGUUCGAGAAAAAAGACGGGCGGCAUGGUGACUGA